ACACUCUAAAGGAAUGUGAUUUAAAGAUAACCUUUUACAGGAUAAACUCGGUUAAUGCUGCCAAUCGUAUUUGUCGAAACUUACAACGGUUACUUCAUCUUACGCCCUUAGAUUUGAAUUACUCUAACACUAUAUAAAGUCCCACGUGCAUUCAGUAAAAACAAGUCAAGCAGAUUCCAUCUGAAGCAUUAAAUUCAAACUAAGCCAUGAAGAUUCCAUUACUGUCACUGAUCCUUCUCUUUGUUGCCUUGAGCACGAAGCCACUGCUCGGAGCCGCCGCCAAGGCACCGGAGGCGGUGGUUGACACUCUUGGCAAGAAGCUCCUAGCUGGCUCCAAUUACCAUAUCAUCGCAGCUGACCCUUCCCAAAACGGCGUCGGGAUUACGGUGCCAAGCUCCGGCGAGUGCAUUCUUCAUGUCGUGGUCGCACAGGAUCUGGGCCUUCCAAUAUCGUUUACUCCAGUUAACCCUAAGAAAGGUGUGAUACGUAUAUCCACUGAUCUCAACAUUCAGUUCAAUGCAGAUAUAGACUGUCCCCAGUCAAGUGUGUGGAGGCUUGACGACUAUGACGGUUCAACUAAACGGUGGUUCAUAACGACCGGCGGUUCUGUGGGAAACCCGGGAUGGCAAACGGUUCGGAAUUGGUUCAAGAUUGAGAAGUUUGAAGAUGCUUAUAAGCUGGUUUAUUGUCCGAGUGUGUGCGGUUCUUGCCAGGUUCAGUGCAAGGAUAUUGGGUUGUAUAAAGAUAAGGUUGGGUUCAAGCGUCUCGUUCUCAGUGAUAAGCCUUACAAAGUUCAGUUUCAGCAGCAGGCCUGAAGAUGAACAUCCUCCGAUAGCAUAUAUACUUGAGAAUGAUGUACUGUUUGUAAUCCUUAAAGGAUCGAUAUCACUGAUCCUUUGCUUCACUAGGCUAUGGAACUUGGGUCCUGAA